AGCCAUUCUCGUAUUGGGGCCAGAGGGGCCGGUGAUUGGGGAAAUAUAUAGCAGCAACAAAAACUCACCUGCUUGAUUCACUACUAUCCCACAAGGCGGUCGUCUAUCUAAUUACUUGUGAUCGAAAACGCAUGAGGAGCUGAGUACUAGGCACAUGUAAAAGACCAUAACUCUGACACAGACUUGGGAAAGACGAACCCCGUUCGACUCAAUUCGAAUCAAUCCAUAUCAAUUCGGUGCAGUUCGCCUCGAUCCUCAUAAAGCAGACACUGUAGGUAUAUUAAAAGCAGCCAGAGUUGAAUCGCUAUCUGGGAAAUCAGAAGCCGGGGGAUUGUCAGUUCAAGAAGACUCGAGGGCAGCAGCAACCGCAUCAAGAAAGAAGGCAAGGAGGAAAGGAAGCGCGAUAUCCUUCUAAAACUGGCAUUACGACGGCUACUAGUAGGACACGCGCUACUACUACCACCAUCGCCAAAAACGACUACGAGUCUAGGAGGACGACGUUGCUUGGUCUGCGGAACAGGAUCUCUUGCACCGCUACCACUAUCACCGCCACCAUCCACGAAAGUGCCACCGGCGCAGUUCUCGCCUCUAUCAACGAUCUUGCAGCAACAAGAAGUUCAAGGAUCAUCAUCAUCAUCACAGGUUAAAAUGCGGGCUCAAGUACUCGAAGCGUUCAACCAACCUUACACAUUCCGGACCGACUUCCCACUCCCACGCGCACCGGAAGGCUACGAAAUGCUGGUCCGCGUGGAAGCCGCAUCCUACUGCCAUACCGAUGCGGUAUUCGCCUGUGGCGCGAUGCAACAGGACCUCCCCCGCGUGGGAUCCCACGAGUUCGCCGGCGUCGUGAUAGCCAUGGGUGACAAGGCCGAAAGGUUCGGCAAAGCAAAAGGGAUCACACUAUAUCAGCUGGUGGGUGUUCCCGGUCGUGCAUUCAGCUGCUGUGGAGAGUGCGCCGAGUGUACGGACAACGGGGGUGAUGAGCCUGGGUAUGGUGUCUGGUGUCCCCGGGCGGGCAACCUAGGCUUGUCUCGUGACGGUGGGUUUCAGGAGUGUUGUCUGGUGGACAUCAGGCAGGUUGCACGCGUGCCUGAAGCGUCCAUGCGGCCUGUCGAUGUCGCGCCGCUGAUGUGUGCUGGUGUCACUGUGUGGAAUGCACUAGAGACGGCGGGAGUCGAUGUCACUGCUUCGGAUCUUCAAAAUGGAGCGCAUGGUGGAGGCGACGGGAAACGUAAAUCCAUUGCAAUCCUCGGGGCUGGAGGCGGGCUGGGACACCUGGGGGUGCAAUUUGCCGCGAAAUUGGGUUGGCAUGUUCUCGCGGUCGACACGACGCCUGCGAUGGGCAUGUUGAAAGAGGUGAUUGAGGGAUUGGGUGAAGACGGUCAAAAUGUCACCCCCGUAGAUGCGUUGAAGGAGACGGUCGAGAACGUCAAAAGACGUGUCUUCGGAGAGGCAAGUCCAGGCCGCGAAGGAGAGAAAGGGUGUGAUGCUUCCCUUAUCCUGCCAGAGUCGCAGGCCGCCUUUGAUUUUGGCAUGGCCAUCAUCAGGAAUCACGGCACAUGCGUCUGUGUCAGUUUCCCCAAGGAUGGCUGGCGGUUUAAGCCCGGUGAUCUGGUCUUUCGACAUAUCAAACUGCUGGGUGUCUUGACAGGACGCAACCAUCAGUUGCAAGCCAUGGUGGACUUUGCUGCGAAGAAUGGUGUCAGAGCCAAGAUCAGGACCUAUCCUUUGGAAAGACUCAACGACUUGGUCGACGAUUAUCAUCGUGGAGUAGGCGGGAAACUUGUUGUCGAUAUGACUAUGCAGCCAUGACCAUCGAUGAUUUGAUGGCCGCUGCCGAUAGAUUUGUAUGGCUAGUUCCCUUCUUCCUUGCCA